GUCCUGGCGGAGCCGGAGUGAAGCGGGGGACCCUCUGUGAUUCCCGAGACCCCCUUCCCGCUGGUCCUGGCAGCCUCUGUGGGGCGGGCGGAGGCGAGAAGGACGGUUCGGGAGCGCCCGCGGAGCCCGCUGACAGGGUCCCACCCUGGGAAGAUGGCCUACUACAGAAAAUGCAUUGAAACUGUGAUUGAGCAACUGGACAAAUUUAAACCUGAGAAGGACAGUCCUGAGCAGUUCCUGGAGGCUGCGUCCACCUCCCUGCAGACUCUGAGCCCCCAGAGGCAGGCGUUCGUUGUGGACGUUCUGUCCGGCUGCCUGGAGUACCGGAGCUUGCUAGCCGUCGUGGUGGACGCCUUCUACGUGCGGGACGGCCGGCUCUGCCUGUGGGCCGACUACAACCUCUUCGAGGUGAUCUGCUACCUGGCCACUUUCCAGCUGGACGAGCUUGGCUUCCAGGUCUUCUGCAACAUUGUCAAGUCCCAGCCCCUCGACAAGAUGCGCAAGUUUCUCAGGUUCUUCUUCAACCCCUUAAACCUGUGCUCAUGGAUCAAGGACGAGUGGAGCCUCAUCUACGAGAUGGCCCAUGUGAAGGAGAACUGGAUCGACCCCCUGAUGAGAUGGCAGCCGAAGGUCCAAGAGCUGAUCAACCAGCUGGAGGGGGUGUUGACCAAUCAGCCUUCUCUUUCAAAGACCAAGGCCAAGGUUACAGAGCCCAAGGAGUUCAAUCUGACUGCUCCCAGGCCCUGCACCAUCCCAGUGCUGGAGCCAGUCCCCAUCAUGGCCAAGCCAAGACCAGUCCCCAGAAGCACCUACCAGCUGCCCAAGGAGCAGCAGCUGCUGGAGAUGACCAAGAGAUAUAAUCGCUGGAAGGCUGAGGAGCUGCUGCUGAGGGCGAACAUGGAGGAGAUGCGGUGUGCGGUGCCCAGGUCCCGCGGGGAGCCACCGGUGCAGGACUCCAAGAAGAAGCUGCAGCUCCAAUUCCGGCCCCGAAUCCUCAAGACUCCAAAGCUGACCUUCUACAGGCCUAAUGAUGAUGUCCCGGUCAAGCUGAACACUGCCGCCAUCCUGCGAGAAGGGGCCUUAUUCCAGCGGCAGGUGGAGAAAGAGCUGCAGAGAGUGGAUCAGCUUGUGGACGGGGCUGGGGACUUCUCUGAGUUCCUCGAGUGGCAGAAGAAGAUGCAGGCAAAGGACCGGGAGGAGCAGCUGGCUGCAGGCGAGUGCCGGAGGCUGCAGGGGAAGCUUAGCCACGAGGAGGCUGUCCUGGCCCGGCAGCACCUAGUGCAGGAGAACAAGCAGAAGGCCGACCAGAAGAAGGAGGAGACAGCUGAGCUGAUGCAACAGUGUGCCAAGAGGCGACUCCAGGAGGAAAGGUCCAUGAAGGAGCUGGUGGAGCAGGUGAUGGAGGCACGGAAGAAUGUUCAAGUGGCACAGACAAAGCUCCUGAAAGGCCGACGGCAGAUAGUUCAGGAGGUGAUAGAGGAGAGCCGGGAACUGCUGCAGCGCAGCACAGAGGCAGCCAAGGAGGAGCAGAGGCGGCGCUGUGAGCUCAUCUCCCAGCUGCGAGCCCUGGAAACGCAGCCCACACGCAAGGGCAAGCUCGUGGACCUGACCCAGAUCCCCGGGUAUGGCCUGGAAGGGGAGAUGUCCAUCGUGGAGAUGCGUGGGCGGCUGGCCCUGCUCAAGGAGAUGCAGCGACGCGAGGAGGAAGAGAAGCGGGACCAGAUCAUCCAGGGCAAGCGUGCCAAGAGCCAAGAGCUGCAGAACGCGGUGGAGCAGAUCUCGCUGUGCCGCGCAGCCAUGGGCAGAUCUGCAGCCUUGAGGUGGGAGGAGAAGAAAGCUCUGUGGGCGGACCCGGGGGCGCCCUCCCAGGACGAGCGCGUGCUCGAGCUGCAGCGCAGGAUCGAGGAGAAGGCGGCCGAGCGCCGCAGGCAGGCGCGCCCGCUGCGCGUAGCGGCGCCUCGGGCCCCGCGCCCCNGCCCGCAGGCGCCGCUGGAGGCGCAGCACUGGCUGGAGUCGGAGCGGAGCCGCGAGCGCAGGCUCCGGGCGCUGCAGCAGGGAGGCUCGGCCUGCGGGCCCGCGAGACGCCUGGAGGCCGCCUGAGCCCGGCAGGCCGCCCCGGACCCCGCGACCCCCGCCCGAAUAAAGCGUGAGGCCGGCGGUGUCUGCCUCCUUUUCCUGGGCCGCGGGUUCCUCUCCAUUCCUCC